AUAAAUUUUUGAGCCUCGUAUGAAAAUGGACAGCAGUUAGUAGCAGAGCACAAGGAUGUUGCGCGACGGCUCUGCUCUCACUGCACCUCCCUAGGCCAUUAGCGGGUGCUCAGUGCGCGUCCGUAGCAUCUUCUAUCUCUCUCUAGCUCGUGCUACGGUGCUAGUGUCUCUGUUCUCGCCUAUCUCUGUCGCUCUUGUCUGGAAAGGACUUGGUCUCGCUGCCGGGUUGGUGCUCCUGUUUCGGGGGGGCAAACGCGAUCGGCGUCCAAUCUCGUCAAGGUUCCUCCUUUACGGGAGCAGAGGAUUAGAUAGCCCCUGAGGUUGACAGGCCAUGGCAAAAGCUCGCUCCUUGCGCAUCUUUUGGAACGACCCAGAUGUCACCGACUGCUCCUCCGACGAUGAAGAGCGCUGCUUCCUUCCUGGGCGCAGCGGGGUGUGUCGACUGCUGAACCGGACAAAGCCCGCCGUCAAGCCACGGGAGAAGGCGGCGUCGCCGGCAGGGAGCACUAAGUUCAGGGGCGUGCGGCGGCGGCCGUGGGGGAAGUAUGCAGCGGAGAUCCGCGACGCGUCAAGGGGCGUGCGCGUGUGGCUAGGUACCUUCGACACCGCCGAGGAAGCCGCCCUGGUCUACGACGACGCCGCUAUCCAGCUACGCGGUCCCGGCGCCGCCACCAACUUCUCUUCGUCGUCCUCUUCCCCAUCCUCCUCCCGGCGCUCCGCCGCCCCUACCGCCACAUCUCGGGAAAUCAACCCCACGCACCUGUCCGCCGGCCCCGAGUCGCACGCGCUCUCAUCUCCAACCUCCGUCCUCCGGGUUAUCUCCUCCUGCCCAUCGUUUGGCGGCGUGCCUCCGUACAACGAAAUCUGGGAUUUCGGGAUGCCGGAUCCGAGUUUCCCCGUGGGAUCUUCGGCGUCGUGGGAUUUGGCGUUGGGAUCGUCGACGUCGCAGGGAGACGAUUGCUUCGGGGAGAUCGGCGAUCUAUUCCCCAUCGAACCGCCCCCUACCGUACUUUAAUAAUACCCCGUUAAUUAUCUACCAUAACGGAUUAGAUUAUGUCGAUGCAAAAACCGGUUUAAAACUUCCAAAAAACACGAUCUCAAAUUGUAUCGGAGAAGGCUUGGGCCUAUGUUUUGUUGUACGCAAACUGUUGUGUAAUUUAAUAAUUUAAAAUGCACGGUGUGAUUUGGGUACA